GCGCACACCUUUGCUCCUGAAGAAGGCUUGCGACUACACUUGCUUCGACCACCCGACGCGCAGUCGCAAAAGUCGGACAAGCUUGGUUGCAUCGUUCUGUUCCAUGGCGGGUCCUGGAUGGUAGGCUCUCCUUCGCAGUUCUACAAGCAUGCUCAGACCAUCGCGAAAGACCUUGGAGUGGCAGUUGCCUGCUGCCAAUAUCGCCUCUGGCUGACGCAUCCUCGAGCAGAUGUUCCCUUUGAUGCCGUCGACGAUGCACAGCGAUGCGUGCGGUAUCUGCACAAAGAGGCCGAUACCUUGGGUUUGGACAAGACGAGGCUUGUGGUUGGCGGCCUCAGCGCGGGUGGACAGCUUGCUGCCAUGACGGCCCUGGAAGCUGGUGAAGAGAUCGGUCUCGCAGGGCUUCUGCUCCUGAACCCUGUUCUGGACCUGGACUUCACUGCAGGAUGGCGGAGGAGAACGCCACUGAUUUGGCUCGGCUCGACACUGCUUCGUGCACGUUAUGGCGAGGAAGCUUUGCAUGCCAAGUCGCCGCUUCAUCAGGUUCGCAGCCUGCCUUUCCCAACGUUGAUCCUGCAUGGGGAGGAGGAUGACAUCAUUCCUUUGGCGCAGUCAGAGGCAUUUGUGUCUGAAAUGCAGCGGUCCCACAAUGAUUGCAAGGUGAUUGCAUUUCCUGAGGUGAAUCAUCACUUCCUCCGCGCGAAACCAGAGGUGGCCGAACGCACCGUGAUCGCAUGUAUGCGGCAGGAGUUCAUUGAUGCGGCUGGUCUGCCUUCUGUUGACUGCAUUUCGGUUGUGGCAGUUCAGGAGUCGAUUGGCAGCGUCGUCAAAGUCGAGGGUCGCACAGUUCACUGGUUCCAGAAGGGAGACGGCUUCGUCCAGACAAACCAGCCAGUCACGGUCACACCAUUGGGUCAGCUGUUCGAGGUCGAAGUUAUCAAAGCAGUGAACCUCGGCCGGAAGCUUGAUUGUGAGCUGGGCUUCUGCAUCGGUCUGUGCUCCAAACCCCCGCGCGCCAGCGAAAAGGCAAAGACAGAGAGACAGGACUGUUGGAUUGCCGGUGGUGACACCUCAUUCUAUUUGAAAGGGGUCCAACGGCGUGUUGGCAAAUCAUCUGCGGAUGGACAGCAAAAGUAUCUGCACAUCGGCAGUGACCUCCAUGCAAAGGACAGGGUUGCAAUCCUGGCAGAAUGGUCUGGUGCUUUGUCGCUCUUCGUGAACGGUGAGCAGGUCGGUCGUUAUAGCAACGCCAUCGACCACUCGGAGGUCGUGCUGCCCCUCUAUGGAGUUGCAGACAUUUUCGUGCGAGAGGCCAGUGAGGAUUACACUGUGCGGUCCAUUGGCCUGAUCGGCGACGAGAGUGAAGAUGGCUGGACUGUUCAGAAGGAACAAAUGGAGCGCGCUGCCGUCGAGCUUGCUGGAAUUCAUCAGCUCCUGCACGGGGAAGCAGCAGUGGCUACGACGAUUGGGCCGUCGUGUGAUUUGUAUGCAUGUGGUCGCAUACUUCUGAGCCUGUUCCGCGGUGGGCGCGAAGUGCUGCCAUCAUCAAAUCUGGACAGGUUCGCGGUGGCCUACGCGAACUGGGCACAAGCUGGGUGUCCACCGACAGAAAAGCGCUACGGUCUGCUUUGGGCACUCAAGGAGCUUAAAGGUGAAAAAACGGAGCGCAGUGAGGAGCUAGCUCAGUUGGAGAAGACUGAGGUUAGACUUGUCGUGUCUCGCUGCAUAAAGCGCUCCAGGUACUCUCGCCUCGGCAGCUGCUGGGAAGCCGCGGAGAUGUUGGCUUCUGCCUCGUCGUGGCUGAGCAUGUCCGACGACUUCAUGAAGUCACAUCUGGAUGCUGUUCAGCAGGCAAAACGCUCCAGUCUGCUGGAUACACACUACUCACUUGCCCAAGAGCUGUACGAGCAGGAGAGGAAACUGUCAGGGGAAAGUCUGCUCAAUCGGGCAACGCACACUGCAAUGCAAGCAGCCCAGCACCGUGCAGAAGGUCGCUCCGUUUCUGCCCGUUGGAACUUGCGACCGUAUAUCAUCGGUCCAGCACACAUACAGCGAAUCCUCCAGGCCGUGAGACUAAACCUCUGUGCCGAAGACAUCUUUGAGACCAAAAAGCUGGCUGAGCGCAAGCGUGCUAGUGGCGCAGUCGCGAGAUGGCAGAGCUUUGGCGACGGGUACCUGCAAAACCCAGUGUUUCCUGAUGAGAUUUUCGUGGUUGACGUCCAUUGA